AUGGCGGCGGCGCCCACUACCUCCUCGCCCGGCGGGUGCUCCCCGGCUGUGAGGCUGCCGCGGUCGCCACCGCUCAAGGUUAUGGCGGAGCAGCUGCGGCGCGACGCUGAGGGCUGCCCGGGCGCGUGGCGGCUGUCGCGGGAGGCGGCGGGCCGCGGGCCGCUGGAGCUGACGGCCGUAUGGAUGCAGGGCACGGUGCUGGCGGCGGGCGGCGGCGAGGCGCGGCUGCGGGACACGAGCGGGGCCUUCUCGGUUUGCGGCCUGGAGCGGGUGCCGCGCGGGCGGCCCUGCCUCGUCCCAGGAAAGUAUGUGAUGGUGAUGGGAGUGGUUCAGGCCUGCAGUCCGGAGCCAUGCCUGCAGGCUGUGAAGAUGACAGAUCUUUCUGAUAAUCCCCUCCAUGAAAGCAUGUGGGAGCUGGAAGUGGAAGAUUUACACAGGAAUAUUCCUUAG